AUGUUAAGCCCUUUCAGCUGCGUAUUCUUCCAUCAGAAAGAUGUUCAAGACGAACCCUUUUCAAGUCCUUGCUCCACGCCGAAAAGAUCAACAAAGAGAAGUAGCAAGGAGAGCAAGAACCCCUAUUCGAGUCGAGGCCUCGACAAGUUCUCUGAACUCUUAGCCGAUCUCGAAGAGAAACGGCAGAAGAUUUAUGCGCAAACGCCUCAGCAAGACAUAUCCCUCGUCCGCUUCAUGUUCAAGGAGUCGAACGAGGACGCCCCUCCCGUCCCGGUCGUGAUCAAGUUGAAGGACAACAAGAAAGAAGACCGCAAAGAGAAAACCAAAAUUCAGGUGGUGACAGAAAAGCAUGCAACGAGUAACUCGGAAGGUUUGAAUAAUUUUACCGUCGAGCCCUCCACGCCCACAAAAGAAGUAGCAGUUCAGCAACAACCAAAGAAUUAUAAGAGGGUGCGUUCGUCAUUAAACUUUAAGGACAUGAACUUGGGCAUCUGGAGAAGGCCUUCUUACUAUUUGCCGGUGGUUGUGGUGUUCAUUUUGGUGCUGCUGGCGGUGUUCGGGCGGUCGGUUGCAAUUCUGUGCACGUCUAUCGGCUGGUACGCAUUGCCGACGUUGGAAGAAAGCAAUGGCAAGGCAAAAAGAGCGUCAAAGAAGAAAAAUCAUGGUAGAAGAUUGAGUGAAAAUAAUAAUAAUAAUAAUAAUCAUGGACUACUGUCUUCUCCAAAGAGUAACAACAUAGGGGCCGGAAGCACGCCCAGAUCACAACAACACGGUCAUCAGAAAAUUUGGUGA